AUGACACAAGUAGAAAAAAAAAAAAAAAACGUCAAGAACGUGAAUAAACACAAAAUCAUCCAUAAGAGAGUUAUAAAAAAGGGGAAUAGAAAAUAUACAAAUGGAAAUACAAAAGUAAAGUAUAGAAAACAGGUAGUAAAAAAAACCAUAAAUAAAAAUGUGUCGAAGAAAAAAUUAUUGAAAGAAAAUGUUGACAAGGAUGAAAAGAAGAAAAAAAUGAAAAUAUCCAUUCGUUUUAAGAAGCCCAAAACCUUGAUAUACGCAAGAAAUCCAAAGUGUCCAAGAAUCGUAAAAUCAUGUCAUAGUAAAACAUUAGAUAAAUAUGGAUUAAUUAAAUAUCCUUUAACAUCAGAAAAGGCUAUGAAAAAAAUCGAAGAAAUAAAUACCUUAGUUUUUAUGUGUGACAAGAGAGCAAAUAAGAAAAACAUCAAAAAAUCAGUGAAGAAUUUAUUUGGUAUCGAGUGUGAUAAAGUUAAUGUCUUGAACACAUUAAAUGGAGAUAAAAAGGCUUACGUUCGUUUAUCAGGAGAACAUGACGCUUUAGAAGUCGCAAACAAAAUAGGCAUAUUAUAA